AGGGCCUCGCCGCAGCUGCUGCAGCUCGCCCGGGAGUAAGGACAGAUCACCAUGCAGCAUAUGGUUCAGGUGUGGUUUGGAGAUGAUCCCCCUUUAAGUCCACGAAGUCCACUGACUCCAAGGCAUGGCCCAGGGUUAGCAGAUGUUCUGCUUUAUGACCAGUGGAUAUCCGUCCGACAUGAGGCAACUCUGGUUCCUAUGCAGGAAGACCUGUCAAUCUGGCUAUCCGGCUUGUUGGGUGUAGAACUUACAGCUGAACAGUUGUUGGAAGAACUUGAUAAUGGUGUAUUGCUGUGCAUGUUGAUUGAAGUAAUUCAAAACACAGUUAAAAACUGUUGUGACCCAAGUGAUUUAAGGAAUUUUCCAUUGAGAAAAGUCCCCUGUAAGAAGGAUGCACCUUCUGGAUCCUUUUUUGCUAGAGACAACACUGCCAACUUUCUAAAUUGGUGUAGAUGCAUUGGUAUAGAUGAGACUUACCUCUUUGAGUCUGAAGGCUUAGUCCUGCAUAAGGAUCCAAGACAGGUUUACCUUUGUCUACUGGAAAUUGGUCGCAUUGUAUCAAGAUAUGGAGUGGAACCUCCUGUAUUAGUAAAACUGGAGAAAGAAAUUGAAUUGGAAGAGACUCUGCUAAUGUCUUCUGAUCCUGUAGCUUCUGUUAUCACCCCCAAAUCAUGUUGUCAGCAUGGAGAGUUACAUGAAGCAGUUAAGCACAUUGCUGAAGAUCCUCCUUGCAGUUGCUCUCAUAGAUUUUCAAUCGAGUACUUAUCUGAAGGACGCUAUAGAUUGGGAGACAGAAUACUUUUCAUUCGAAUGUUACAUGGCAAGCACGUUAUGGUACGUGUUGGUGGAGGCUGGGAUACUCUUCAAGGCUUCCUACUUAAAUAUGACCCUUGCCGAGUGCUGCAGUUUGCAACGUUGGAACAAAAAAUCUUAGCAUUUCAAAAAGGUGCGUCGAGUGAGAUGGUUCCUGAUUCUGCCAGGGCCCCACAACCACCUCUCAUGAACCCCAUAUCGGCUGUUGAUACAUAUCAGAAGCAAAAUUCAAAGCCUUCUACUCCUGUUUCAGUUCCAAAGAACUCUCAUGUACCUAAUAGGAAGCAAGCGGUGGCUAAGUUUCCAAAGUCAGCCGCCCUUUCUUCCUCAAAAGCAACAGCGCACACGCCUUCUUCAACCAAAUGUGCAUUGGGCCACCCCCAGUCAAAAGGGCCUUCAGCAAAUAACAGCCAGACAUCUUCUAAAUCUUCCACUGCUGCUUUAAAAAAAACAUCAUCUCCUGCACAUAAAUCAGCGUGUAUUUCAAAAGUCAUGCAACCUACAAAUAAAGGUUCUUCAUCUGCCUUACUGAAAACUGCUACAACGUGUUCAGGAUUACUUCCAAAACAUAUUUUGUCAUCAUUCAAACCUGCACAUUCCCAGAACUCUCCAACCACAUGUCAUCCUGCUCUUUCUAGUUCAGCAAGUAAACUUUCUAAGCUUCCUGGGACAACUAAAAAAGUGACCUCCAAACAAGAGUAUGUUCCUUCUAAUAGCAAAGCUGGGCAAAGUGCCAAGUCUAAGCCACCUCUUGCAAAACAUUCAGCAACAUGUAACAGAAACCUUCAUGUUCCUAACCCAGCACGCUCGCAACAGUCUUCCGCAAAAUCUGCUUCUAAAUCUACCUCUCAAACUUUACCGUCACCCAGAGGCGUGCCAGAAACUAACCAAGCCAAAAAUAUCAGAACUGCUGCAAGUUCCAAACAAUUAGAUUCAUCUUCCUCGCUUACAGCAGAUAAAUCAUCACAGUUAACGUCUGCUAUAAAAACAAGAGGUAAAACUGCAUCUUCACCUGUAAGUAGUCAGUUUUCAGCCAAUGUACAGGUCCAAAGUAGCAGGACAAAACCUGAGAUAGGAUCCAGCCCAUCAAAAUGCCCUGAGCGUUCUCCACUAUCAGUUGUGCGUCUCCCCCAGACAUCAACAAUAGCUGAGACCAGGAAGAAGACAAUACAGGCUGCCACCAAAAGCCAAUCAUCAUUUAAAACCUCGCAGAAGAGUGAUAAAAUGCGUGAUCCAGCUAAUAAAAAUCCUUCUUUCAAGGCAAAGGCCCCAACUGCAACUGUUAAAGGAACACCUGGUGGGUUAAAGAAUCCUACUUUGAAGACUAAACAAGAUGAUAAUUAUUUUGUCAUGACUGGGAAUAAGAAACUCAGAAAGUAGAAUACCAGGAAUAUU